AUGUCGUUCCUUACGCCACGUUUCGUCCUCACCAUCAUCUGGACCGUUAACCACUGUCUAGCGCAUACGAUGUCCACCAGGACGGAUUUCCCUGUUCUUCUGCGCACGCUCGCUAAUCUAAACGAGAUCAAGCUCUCUGGGAUGAAUUGGAAAUCGCUUUUUCAGAAAUUCAUCGAUGCCCUUUUGACGCGUUGCUUCCAGUCCAUCACCCUAAUGCACACCCAUUUCACCGAUUCCAAUGCUUUCUAUUCAUUGUUGUCUCAUUCACCCAGCCUUGGCCAAAUCUCCUGCUGCAUAACGACGAUCGAUAACAUCAGCCACAGAUCACCGGACUGUCUCUGCCCUGCGCGUUCAGGUCACCGCUUUGAUCUGGCACGGCGUUUCAUGGAUUUAAUCACGCAUUCCCUCCAAGUUCUUCACGUCUCACCAUUUAAUAUGCCACCAGAAAAUUGGUCUUUUUUGCCUAUUCAACACUUGAAAUCUAUCACCAUUGAGAUGUUACAUUAUCACCUUGGUUUCAUCAUUUUAACUACUGAACUUAGUAUCUUCGAUUGGUGGAUCAGACAUUUCGAGAGCUACCCUGCCCUGCAAUGUUCGCUCGUGCACUUCCUCGUUCAUGUGUCCACAUCCAGUACUUCUAUCCGCUCGCUCCUUGUUGAGCUAUUGGUCAGCAACGCGAUCGAAAAUGUAACCUUGGGACACGCCCAAAUCAAGCUCGUUACCGAGGAAAACCUUCCCAACUUGAUGAGUCGCAAAAUUGCGAGGGUUCAAGUGGGGUCGUACAAUGAUAAUAGAGGCAGAAAUUAUCUUGCCGACUGCAUGCGUCAUUUUCGCCAAGAAGAUCCCCCAUCCAGGGACGCGUCGAUCUUCCCACCGGGGAUGAUUGCUAUCAGCUUGGGCUGCGACGAGGAGCCGUAUCUAUCUCUUCUCGACUCUUUCAUUGACACUCUUUACUGGUAUAUAGAUUUGCUCCGGUAG